AUGGCUGUACUAGAAGGACUUACACAGUCUCCUAGUGCAUUUCCACUGCUGAUCGCUGUGCUGUUGUUGGUGCUUGCCUGUCUUCACUUGACGGGGGUUAAACAGACACAAAAGAGGAAAACACCUCCAGGGCCCAAACCUCUACCGCUUCUUGGUAACCUGCUGCUGCUAAACCUGAAAGAACUAGACUGUUCACUCUGUGAGCUCUCUAAGAAAUACGGCUCCAUCUUCACCAUUUACCUCGGACCCAAGAAAAUGGUAGUCUUAGCGGGUUACAAGACAGUGAAGGAAGCACUUGUGAACCAUGCUGAGGAGUUUGGAGACAGGGAGACAUCACCCUUGAGCCGCUCCAUUUCCAACAACCAUGGUAUUAUAUUUUCCAAUGGGGAGAACUGGAGAGAGAUGAGGCGUUUUGCACUCACAAACCUCCGCAAUUUUGGAAUGGGAAAAAAAAUGGGAGAGGAGAAAAUCAUCGAGGAGGCUCAACAUCUCAUACGAGUCCUUGAAAAUUUAAAAGGUGCCCAGUUUGAUACGACACAGCCAUUGAACUAUGCUGCCUCCAACGUUAUCUCUGCUAUUGUGUAUGGGAGCAGAUUUGAGCAUGAUGACGCAAGGUUUAAGGCCAUGGUCAACAGAGAAAAUGAGGCUAUUUGGCUCAGUGGCACUGCAUCUGUGCGGCUCUACAACAUGUUUCCAUGGUUGAAACCGCUAAUCAGGAAUGUUGCAGUGAUCCAGAAGAGUACAACAGCAAACUUGGAGGAGAUUCAGAGCUACACCAACAACCUCCGGAAGACGCUGAACACACAGGACAGCCGUUGCUUCAUAGAUUCUUUCCUCAUCAACCAACAGGGUGAAAAGGUAGAGCACAAUUUACAAAAUGCUGGUCUGUUCCAUGAGGAGAAUCUACUGUACUGUGUAGAAGACUUGUUUGCCGCAGGCACUGACACCUCGGGGACCACAAUGCGCUGGGGCCUCCUGCUCAUGGCCAAGUACCCACACAUACAGGAGAGGGUCCAUGAGGAGAUUGACAGGGUGGUCGGUGGCAGACAGCCAGUAGUGGAGGACAGGAAAAGCCUUCCCUACACUGACGCAGUGAUCCACGAGAUACAGAGAAUAGGCAACAUCGUGCCUCUCAAUCUUUGCCACAAGACCAGCUCUGAUGUCCACUUCCAGGGAUUCUUCAUUGAAAAGGGCACGCCUGUUAUUCCUCUGCUCACAUCAGUGUUGAGGGAUGAGUCUGAAUGGACCAAACCCUACACGUUCCACCCAGAACACUUUCUGGAUGACCAGGGACGCUUCGUCAAGAGAGACGCUUUUCUUCCUUUUUCUGCAGGCCGCCGGGCAUGUCCAGGAGAGAGUCUGGCCAGGAUGGAAGUCUUCCUCUUCCUCACCUCUCUCCUUCAACGCUUCCGCUUCACUGCGCCCCCUGGUGUGUCAGAGGAUGAACUGGACCUCACGCCAGUGUUGGGAGCAACACUAAACCCUUCUCCCCAUAUGCUGUGUGCAUUGGGCCGCUCCUAGGUUUCUAAGUCCAGUUACACACAAGAGCGUGGCGUGGAGGCAGCGAGAAGACUGCGGUCUUUCCGACUAUUUUCGGACAGUGUGUUCUACUCAGCCUUUUACACUGACCGCGUCGGCGUGCGCACCCAGUCUUGUUCAAAGUUCUGUUCAAAACAUGUAAUGUGUAUCAAGCUAUGUAAUCCAUGUAUUUUCUUAAGGUUUAUUUGCUCUUUGUGGGAUAAAAUGUGUAUUAAGACAUGUACCA